AUGGUGAUGGAUAAACAGCUGACAAAAUCCAUAACUAUUGGAGAACAGCAACAAUUACUACAGUCAAUGCCUGUUUUAAUAAACACUCCUAAUUCACAACAGGCCAUAGGUUCGGGUGGUUUUGGGACUGUAUUUAAAGUAAAGCAUAGAUUGGAUGAUAAGAUAUAUGCCGUCAAAAGAGUGCAAUUUGGGGAAUUCAGUGAAGAAAAGAAACAAAAAGUUAUAAACGAAGUAAAAAUACUAUCAAAAUUGGACUCAAAUUUUGUGGUCAAAUAUUACAACUCGUGGUUUGAAAGCAACCAUAUGUUCAUUCAUAUGGAGUAUUGCAAUCAAACACUCGCGACUGUAAUCAAAGACAAAGCCAUAGUAUUUGGCAGACAAUCGUCAGAAGCGAUGAAUUUAUACGAGUAUUACAUUUCUUGUGAAAUACUUCGCGAACUCUUGCAAUGCAUUCAAUACAUCCACGCAUUGAAUCCACCGCUCAUUCACCGGGACUUAAAACCCGCAAACGUUUUAAUCGUAACCAACGCUAAUAAUUGUCGGUUUUUAAAACUAUGUGAUUUUGGUGUUGCCGUUGAGCACAACAUGGUAUCCAUGAGCCACACGUCAAGUGUCGGGACCUCACAAUAUAUGGCACCCGAAGUAUAUGAGAGCCGUUACGACACUAAAGUAGAUAUUUAUAGUCUGGCAGUGAUUUCGCAGCAUUUAUUUGAUUUAUUUAAUAUUGAUAAUCCUUUGGAAACGUACUUAUUGACAACAUUUUAUGACAAUUUUAACAAAUUAUAUCAAACUAUUGGAAGUAUGUCUCAGGGAAUAGCAGACAACCGGCCGACUAGUGGUCAAGUACUACAAGACUGUAACCAGUGGUCAGUCGGCAAACAUUUGCUGAUGGAAAAUGAUAAAGAAUUGAAUAAAAAUUUUUAA